AUGAAGGCGGCGCUGGGGGUUCGCGAGCAAGCCUUCAACUUUGCGGCGGAGCGCGCCAAGAAAUUGCUGUCCGAUCUCCAACCAACCGAGUCGAUAAAGCGCGGUGUCUACUGGUUUUGGCCCCGAGCUAAGCAAAGCAAUAUCGCCAGCGAAGAGCUGCUGGAGUUGAUGAGACAGUACUGGCACACGGACGAGGUGUCACGCCAGCAUGGCAACUCAGCUGAGCGCGACAUGUGGAAGGAGAGCAAGUCUCUGACAGCUCACCGCCACCCUCGGCGGCAGCUUACGGAGCCGGGUGGGGGCGAGGCGGUGUACGCCAAGUUCCUCAACUGGGCGUCCUACAAGAGCUUCAAGGAGCGACAGAGCGACAACUUCACAGACCCUGGCCGUACACUCUUCCUCUCGACGCGUUGCAAGUGCCUGGUUCUCCCUGCAAUGGAGCAGUGCGCGUGCAAGAUCCACUCGCAGCAGGUGCUAUACAUCGAGGCGCUAGCCAAUGUCGACAUGACCAGCCACGGGGAAUGCGAUUGUCGAUGGUGCAACGUAGAUGGCGGCCGCAGGUGGCGGGAAACGUGGAAGCAUAUGGGCACUUUCUCCGAUGCAAUUGCCUGCCCCAAGGUCAACUUGCGGGCAGCGGAUCCAGAGGGUGACAAUUGGAUGGGGCGGAAACCGGAGUGCAACGCUUUGGACUGCGCUUUGUGUGGGUUCGGGGGGACUGACGGCAUUCCCAUCUGCAGCAUGCUGGAGACCUCCGAGCAGACGGUGGUGUGGAAGAUGUUCGAGGACGUGAUAACUGUGCCUACAUCAGCGGAUGGGAAGAUCAAGGCCAAGAAGCUCGCCAACCAGACGGUGCCGAAGGAGGGCAAGCUUUGCGAUCUUUGGUUGGCUUUCAAAGAGCACACCAAGCUGUACAUGGCUCACCACUCUAUCGCCAAGUGGCAAAGGCACUGCCACAGGCGUUGCUUGGAGACGUUUCAGGACGGUGACCUUGUCAUCGAGACCGACUUUUCCGAGAAGUAUACCCACCAAUCUUACAUCAGCAUGAUGAUGCCUGUUCACCCGCAGACAACGCUCAUGGUGGCCAUCGUCCACUUCAACCCGCAGACACACGUGGGGGGUGGCAGGGUGCACGUGACGGAAACAUGGAUCUUUGCAUCUGAGGACAUGGCACAUGACUGCGAUUUCCACCUGCACGGCUUGGCCAGGAUGGCGGACCACUACCUGCGUGGAGAUGGGAGCGAAGCAACAGCUGCCGCCCGGAAAGAAGGCAGGUCGCCUCGGAUUCACAUCUUUUCCGAUGGGUGCGGGAAGCAGUACAAGGGAAGGCGGAAUUUCCGCUUUUUGGCCGACAGCGUCCGGCAACUUGGCUUCUUCAUCGACCACCACUUCGCGGCCACAUCUCACUUCAAAGGUUGCCAUGAUGGGAUCGGCGGAGUCGCAAAGAACGCCAUGAAGAGGAGGGAGAGAUUUGGCAAGCGAAUCAUGGGGGCGGACGGGGUGGUCAGCUUUUUGCGAAGCUUCUUUCGGGAGAAGGAAGGCAGCGAGGGGGAGGAGGGGGUAUGCGGAGAGAUGUACCACUUUGCGGGAGCAAACACUCCCAAGUGGGAUGGGUCCACCUCAACCAAGGGACGCGAAGAUGACUGUAAGCUCGUGCUGAAGAGCGAGGGGCAGGGCCAGUUGUCGAGUCUAGAGAAGAGCCGGUUGCGGGAAGUCAAGGUGUUGGGUGCAGUAGCGAGCAGAUGGAAGGGUCAGGGGGCUGGGUUGCAGGAUCCGAUAUCGGGGGAGGAAGACGUGACUUGCAAGAAGGUGAAACGGACCUACAGUCUCAGGACUCGUUUAGCGUCGUGCUUCUGCUCGGCAUGCCGGCGUUCUGAGUAUGAGCAGUACUACGUUAGCAAGACGUACCCCCGUCUCGUUCCCGCAAUGGAGGAUGGCGUAGUGAAGGAAACGGUGAUCAUGGACACUGGAGUAGCGCCCGUAGACGAAAAUUCCUCCGAGGGGAUGAAGUUCCCGCGAUACAAGAAGUAUUGCACAAAGAAGAGAAUAACUGGGACACAGUGGCUGGACGGCGACUCUGCUACUACUGCAUCAAAGAUUUGGGAAGAGCUUGGAAGGAAGGAAGAGCCCAAUAUUUUUGCCCGUUUCGGGAGGUGGGCUGGCGUUUAAGUGAC